AAAAUAGUAGCAGUCUACUCUACACUGUUACGACUACAUAACACUGCAAAUAUGGAGCUUACGCUUGUUUGACUUUAGUGAAAGUGAAAAUUAGGUCAGAUGCUAUACAGUUGAAGGACUAGUCACACGGACAAAAAAACUAGCUUCAUUAGUGUACAGUUAUAUACCUGAGAAAUGUACGGUUAUUUAGAUACUUCGUCAGCUAGUGUGAGGUAGUUUUCCUUAUUCCUAAUGUAUACACUGGCGAACGACAGAGCAGGAAACAUUUCGGGAACAAAGUAAACCCCAGGUGUUUGUGACGUGAUACUCCUAUCAGCUUUGACAAGUGGCCUGAAAUAAUCACGAACGUCGGACAGGAAAUGCAUUGAUACUUAAAAGACUACAAAGGAAAUUGUGGUGAUGCCUGUAAAUCCAGUGGUAGCCCCUCUAUCCCUUGGAAAUGGAGUACAAGUAUCUUCAGCAAACCUCCCUACUAAUGUUGCAACUAAUAAACCCACUUUAACCAAAAUCUCAGCAGUUGAUGUUUGUGAUGAAGAAGCCAAAAAGCUGUCUCGUGGGAUAUCCCGUACAGCAGAAAAUGCUUGUGUAAUCUCUCAAAUUCGCAAUGAACUUUGUGUUUCACUCUCUGAAGUUGAGGAACCUAGUUCUUUAAACAGUCAAUUCAAUGCCUUAGAGACAAAUGACUGCACCUUUACUCUUCCUGAUCUGUCAACCCAAUCUGAUGAGUUCCGUGCGUUCCUUGAAAAUGAGUUGAUUGACACAUCUAUGGCUGUGUCGUUGCAAGAGGCUGUCCGUUUAAACUGGUGGACAUGUUUAGGUGAAGGCUGCGAGAAACUAUGGCCGCUGUCGACAACAGGGGACGGCAAUUGCCUUCUCCAUGCUGCGUCUCUAGGAAUGUGGGGAUUUCACGAUCGACUCCUUAUACUGAGGAAAGCACUGCACAACUUUCUGACCAUGGGGACAUUUCGUCAUGCCUUGUGGAGGAGGUGGAGGUGGCAAAACGCUCGAUCCAACCUCCAAGCGGGAUUGGACUUGCGUCUAAACGAGGAAGAAUGGCGACGAGAAUGGGAAAACAUUCUGAAGCUAGCUAGUUCUCAGCCGAGAACAUCAGGUUCAUCUACACCAAGUGCAUGCGAAACGGAAACCGAUGGUCGCGGAGAAUCCUUUAACACCUCGAGUAAAACUUACGAAUCCCUGGAAGAGAUACAUGUGUUGGCAUUAGCCCAUGUUCUCAAGCGGCCUAUUUUUGUCAUCGCGGACACUGUUUUGAAAGAUGUCAAUGGAGAGGACCUCGCACCUAUCCCAUUUGGUGGCAUCUACCUUCCGCUGGAGAUUGAGCCUAGUGAAUGCAGCCGGUCGCCUUUAAUUUUAGCCUAUGACGCUGCUCAUUUUUCAGCUUUAGUUGCCAUGGCACCUCAGAAGAAAUUCUCCCCGACCACUUGCGAACAAGUUCAUGAGCCACCUGCCGUUAUUCCUCUGGUGGACGUGGAUCGUGAAUUAUUGCCCAUCCAGUUUGAGGUGGAUCCAGGCGAAGCGUGCGUUUGGAACCGGGAUGAAUUCAAUGAGGCUGUUGUUCAACGGGUUGCCUUCACGCAUGAGGAUCGUCUUGCGUUGCUGAACCAGUUCCUUGAUUUAGUCGACAUUCCGUGUCCGGCAGUCAUUAAAAAUAGCAGCUCUAAAACUUCCAAAGUCAAAAAUGAUACCAAAGCAAAUGGAACUCUCAGUCGUCCGUCACACGACACGGAAGGAUGGAGUAGUGAUGGCGAAUUUAAUGGGGCUCGAUUUGGUCCAUCCGGGCCCAAGGCCCCUGGCAAGCAGCUACACUACAGUGUAGCUAAACAAUUUGGCAGUCUAGGGCGUUCCGUCGGUCGCAAGAUAAAGAAAAAUUUGAUUGACAACUUCACCCUGAAGCAUCCGCUACCGUCGCCAGCCCGCCUCAAUAAUGUCCAAUGGGAAUGUCCGGAUUUCAUACUGUGUGCCCGUCUGCAUACCGAGAAGCACCAUCCUUGCCUCGAGCAGAUGAUUAGCAAUUACAUGCAAUCCGCUCGUCAUAGAUUUGAACAGCAGCAGGCCGAACGUCAACGUCAAACGCUUGUCUGGCAGCGCCGGAAGCAGCAUACCUUGGCCGAAAUGGCCAUCCAAGAGGGACCUAGCCCUUGCAUUAAUCCCAACUGCUCCAUGUACGGGACUGCCCUUACCAGCUACAUGUGCACGGCCUGCUACGCAAAACAACUCGAGCAGGAAGAAGAAAGGGCCAAGAAUCUGAAAGUGGCUGCCACAAAAUCAAAUAGUUGUGGCAAUCAAAACGCUCUGUACGGAAUCGGGAAAUCCGUGUUCUAUGCCCAAUCAGACAGCCAAUCUUACGCCGAUGCCACCAACAUUCCGGCGCGCAGACCACCGAAUGGACAAAACGGGACGCUGUAUCUCUCGAAUUCUACUUUUUACGGCGACGGGAAUCCGCCCAACUCCGCAACACCUUCUCCUAAAAUCGAGGAAAAGGUUGUUUUCGAGAAGAUAAGUCCUAAUAUUUGUGAAAAGUUUAAACAGCCCAGCGUGGUGGAGCCAGUCGGGCAACAAGCAAAAGCGACCACACCAACCAUGCCGACGAUCAUUGCCAAAGUUUACGAGCGCAACGGAACCCAUAAACCAACUGAAGAACUGAUUGAUUUGAGGCUGGAUCAUCCUGAAGAACAACAAAGGCCGACACAUCCGCUUCGUCCGCCCAGACUUUUACAGCAGCCACACAAAGGGGUGGCAGGAAAUUCUCAUGUGGACAUCGAUUUACCGCGCUCUUCCGCCGUAGUUGAGAAAGUUGCACUGCAGCCUACGUCUCGACUUUUAUCUCAUUAUGAUAGCAUCCGCAAACAGUGCAAAUCAACCGGAUGCACCUCGUACGGCAUGGCGAACACCCAGUGGUUUUGCUCAGAUUGUUUCUUUAUCCGAAAGAAAGCUGCACUGGCUAGGGAGUCCAUCCUUGAAGAUCUGAAAGCGGCGCAAAUGCAAUAGUGAAAACGGAAGCAAAUAAUCUAGACUAAUUAUCCAAAAAUUUCAGCCCGACUUUGUUCAUAUAAUCGACUAUUUAUGACUACAGGGAUACCGUUCCUCCAAACCUAUUUCCUUACAAAUACCAGUACAUUUUGAAAAAAAAAAAAAUAAUUAGUAGCCAACGAUUCAACUGAUUGCCUUAUUUUUCAUGGAUAGCGUCAAGCUUUUCUCGUUAUCUCACGCUUUGAAACGAAUUUUAAACGUGAAAUUGCAAUGUCAGUGAAUUGCGGUUGUUUGUUUUGUGUGGCUUUACAAGUGGGCGGGUUCUGGUUCCAUGCAGUUGUUUAGUCUCAAAAAGAUUGGCUGAGUCACUUUUUAGUCGACACGUUCUUUUAUUGAGAAUUGUAGCUUUCUUCGAUUGGAUUUGUUCAUAGUUGUAAUAUCGAUUUUUUCAAACAAAGUUGUUUGCGUAUUAUCAAGUCCUUCUCUCUCCGCGUUUAAAAAAAUCAUUUCCGUCGCGUUUUUAUUUCUUUUCGUUCUUUGUAGCAUGCAAAUCUCUCUAAUCCGGGAUAUGAAUGUUUUCUCAUUUUUCCACAUCACUAAGAUGAUCUGUCUUGAUCAAAGAACGUCAUAUCUGGCAUUUAUUAUUUCGAUGUAGCUUAUUGAUGACUAAAUAUAUAUACGUAUAUAUAAAUGAAGUAAAGUAAAUACACAACUUGCUCAUUCA